GUGGACAUUCGAUCGAGAUGCGUCUUGGAUCUCGAGAGAUAUAGUCCCAUGCGAUUACAUCAGAAAACUUCAAUAGAAGAAGCGGGACUUCAGUCGUGGUCGUGUGUGCUCAGGUACUGAAGGCUUUGUCUGGUCUCCUCUGCUUCGUCGUGACAAAGUGUUGAUUUUGUUAUGUUGAUGAUAAAGUCGUAAUUUUGACGAGUGUGUGUCCCUUGUGUGUUUGAGAACGAGUUGAGAACGAGUGACGCCGUACAGUUACAUACUACUUAGCACAAGCUAGGAGUAAGGUGGAUGAUCCUCGUUUCUUGUCCUCGUAGAAGGAGUUAUGUUUGUCUUCGAUUCCUGUCGAUUCGAAGGCAAGCAGUACGCGGAAAGUCGUUCUGCCUUCGUGUGUUCCAUCCCACCUUCGAAGAGAGAUGUUCCUGCAAAACGUGAUCUGUUGUGAGUUUGAGUUUGAGUGAAGGUCUGUCUGUUGGAGAUAAUCGCAUGGAGUGAGCUCUUUCGCUAGGUGAAGCAAGUAUACAGAUAGUUGACGAAUCGAAUAAUUCGCAAGACAACUUGUAGGGACUCGGACUUGGCAAGACAACCCGGCUCUACCGAAAAUUUGGAUCCAAUUCCAUCACUUCCAAACUAAGUAACAUCCAUGUUAUUAGGGCAAUUUCGAAAAUCCAGUAGCAGAAAGAAGUAGUCGUAGAAGUUCGCUUCUUUUCAGAAACAGUAGGACAGAGGAGUACUUGGCAACUCCAGAAAAAGACUGACUGAGAGCAUUUACAUCUGCUCAGAAGACGCUUGCUUACAACUAGUUCAGACAACGAUAUUCUUAAAAGAAGAGAUAUAAAGAAUGUCGGAGCCGGAGGUGGAUGUCGAAACUGAUUAUCUUCGGGCGCUGUACGGUGCUGAUGAUGAACAGUUGCGCAAGUGUCAUACUCAUGAUGUUGGAACUCCAGGCGCCGAUGUUGUGUCCAGGAUCGAGGAGCUUCUGAGACAGUUUUUUGGAGUUGGACCAGGAAGAGGAAAACGAUUUCUUAAUGAAGUAGAAGAGAAGCAGAAGCUUUACAUCGAAAAAUAUUUAUGUCACCAUUUGUUGCCCAAUCUAGGACCAUUUAUUUUGACCAGCAUCUCCUUUUCGUGUAUGCAGAAGACAGAGUACCGAUAGAAAUGAAGAAGUUGACUUUGAGCUACACCCCAGUUUCCAAUUCUAAUUCAUGUAUUGGAACCGCUGCAGAAGCUGGACAAGGCCGCACCGAAUUGGAACGAUCCAGCCGUACGUUUGGAGAUGCUUGCCGGAUUAAUUAAAAUGGACAAUUUACUGUUAUGAACAGGCUCUAUGAAACGGCCAGGUUCGAUGAAAUGCUUCAUUAGUCGCAAAGUACAGCCUUUGAGUGGGAACGGCAAAGAGUCACGCAAUCAGUUUAUCAGCCAAUCAGUCUUUAAAUCAGACAAUCUAGCAAACAAGCGAUCAAUUUGAUAUUUCUCUAAUUUUGGGAGUGCACAAGCAAAACAAUGCGCUUGAAGAAUUGUUCAAAGCCAUCGGAGGAGGGAUGGUACUAUGGGAUCGUUACGAACGUGGCCAUGCUGCCCCCCGUGUGCCCAAGGUUCUCUUGUGCUAUUACGAAAAGGAUGGGGGGUCUAAAAAACAUCUAGCGGAACGGCGGAAGCUCACAAUGACGGCAAUGCUAGGGAAGGUAGAGCAUCUCAUUGAUGCAGCAUUGUACCAUACACCAGGAGAUCGCUAUAUGCAGGAGGUAAUCAAAUCUGCGAAGGGCGAAACUAAAACUAAUCAACCAAGUGUGCAAGACGUCGCCCAGGCUAGCGAAAUACACCAGUUUAUGAUGAUAGCAUAUAAUAUUGCAAUUUAUAGAUAGAAUUUUCGAUGGACGGGACGGAUCGGAUGCACCUGUCAUAUAAUAUGUCCGCACAUUUUUCAACUUCUCAUUACUGCGUGACGAGGUCCAUCUUUCCCUAGCCGUUCCGUUUUGUUCAUCCUAUCCACUUUAUAUGGAUGCAUGAAUUUUAAGAGUCUAAUAAUCACCGCGUUGUCAAAUCCGCCUUCCUGUCCACAACCAGUCAGCUCACUCCAUUGCUUACGCAUGUGGACCCAAUGUCCGCUGCGCUGGGUGUUGGAGGCACUUUUCUCGGUUUUUUGGUGCUGCGCAAGUGCUUGCGACGAUGCCGUUGCGGUAAUCUGUCUCACAAGGAGGACGAGGAGGAGGGAACUCUGCUGCCUUUGCGGCAGUAA